AAUGGGUCUAAUCCAGCUUCUGGCGUUCUGCACCCUGGCUGCAUGCUGCAUGGCUCGUUCUCCUCCCGGGCCACCAGACCCCCCCUUCUUCCACCUGCGUCCCCGAAACUGUAACGACUCUGACGUGCUGGCGGUUGCAGGCUUUGCCCUGCAGAACAUCAACAGAGACCAAAAGGACGGCUAUAUGUUGAGCCUCAGCCGAGUGCAUGGAGUUCGGGAGCACUUCCAGGACGACAUGGGAUCUCUGUUCUACCUCACACUGGAUGUCUUAGAGACUGGCUGCCAUGUGCUCAGCAGAAAGGCACAGAAGGACUGCUACCCAAGGAUUUUGCACGAGUCGGUUUAUGGUCAAUGCAAAGCGAUGUUUCACAUUAACAAGCCAAGAAGAGUGCUCUACUUAGUUGCUUAUAACUGCACCCUCCGCCCAGUUUCUCGAAGACAGAUGCAGUCAAUAUGCCCUGACUGCCCAAGCCCCACUGACUUGUCAAACCCCAGGGUUCUGGAAGCUGCCACGGAGUCACUUGCAAAGUUCAACAAUGAGAACCCCUCAAAACAGUACUCCCUCGUCAAAGUUACCAGGGCUACCAGCCAGUGGGUGGUUGGCCCUUCCUACUUUGUGGAGUAUUUGAUCAAAAAGCCACCAUGUACUGACUCCAAGGCCAGUUGUUCUCUCCAGCCCUCCGACUCGGAGCCUGUUGGUCUUUGCCAAGGUUCUCUGAUUCAAGGACCCUUAAAAAGGCUCGUCACUGUGACUUGUGAGUUCUUCGAAUCUCAGGCUCAGGUCCCUGGAGGUGAAAACUCAGCUGUUACACAAGAGCCCAAGAAACUCCCCACAGUAGAUGAGGCCUCUCAGAGCGCGGACCCCACCAACUCCCCCUCCACAAGUGCACCGAGAGGAUCUGUCCAGUACCUCCCUGACCUGGAUGAUGAGAAGCCUGAAGACUCCAAGGGAAAGAAUCCUGAGGAAGCCUUUCCCGUGCAGCUGGAUCUGACCACGAAUCCCCAGGGGGACACGCUGGAUGUUUCCUUCCUCUACCUGGGGCCUGAGGAAAAGAAGCUGGUGGUACUGCCUUUCCCUGGAAAGGAACAGUUCUCCACUGUGUGUCCAGGGCCGGCUACAGAGACCAACCCUCUGGUCCUCCCACCCUGAGAAUCACAAACAGGGCUCCAUAGGGGUGUGAUCCCCUGCACCAGAUGACAGGUGAUGGGAACGAGACAGAAGAUCAAAUGUAGACAGGCUAAUAAAGUGUGUCCUUUUGAUGGUUCCUGAUCUCAA